AUGGGGACUACGUGGUAUGCUAUAGGCUGCUUCUCAGAGUGGACCGUGUGCAAUGGAAGUGCCUUUCUUUGCCAAUACAACACUAGUCCGGCGAGCUCUACACAUGCCACACCCUCACCAAUUGUGUUUGUCCCAUGGCCAUUAUACUCGUGGCACACGCACACAUCCACAUGUCUGUUGUCUCACUUUGUCCCAGUCGAGGACAUGUUCUCGUUGCAAAAGCAACAUCGCGCCGCUUCCGAGCUUCCCGGCCAUCAAUACGGGAUACAGCGAGGCCAUCGCAUAAUUCGGAACGGCGUGUUGAACAAGCGGAAUGAAACCAUCAACGUCAAAAGGGAGAAGGAUAGUCUCUCGUUGUCAGAGAGUUGGGAUGUUCAAGUGGUCAAAGUACGCAGAGAGGGGAGUGAAGAUGAUCACACCACCAUUGCCACCACCUUGCGCGCUCCGCUGUCCCGUGGGCUCGACAGGACAUGGAAGACGCCGGCGUACGGUCGGAGAAUACAAGGAAGAGCUGCGGAAACAAAAGAGCGACGUGAUGAAAAAGAAACGUUUACGCCUUGGCAAAAAGCUGCAACAUCUUCUGAAUUUUGCAGAUCAAAGGGACAGCAGCAACAAGGCACGACUGAGAGACAUUUCGGCGGUGAGGCCGCCUUCUUACCAAGCCCUUACUGA